AUGCAGCAGCAAGGGGGGGAAAGGAAGGAGGAGGAGCUGGAGGCUGCAGCAGCCAGGAAGAGCCCAGCAGGGUGGGCAUGGGGAGUGGUGCUGCACUUCUUCCUGGUCAAUGUCCUCGUGAUGGGGAUGCUCAAGACCUUUGGGAUCUUCUUUGUGGCUUUCCAGGAGGAGGUGGGGGGCUCCUCUGAGCAGCUCAGCUGGAUUGGCUCCAUCAUGUCCUCCCUGCGCUUCCUAGGAGCCCCCCUGGUGGCCGUGGUCUGCAGGAGGCUGGGCGAGAGGCUGACCUCCAUCACCGGGGCCGGCUUGGUGGCAGGGGGCUGCCUGCUCAGCACCCAGGCCACCAGUGUCCCCUUCCUCUGUGUCUCCAUGGGACUCCUGCUGGGGCUGGGCUUUGCCUGCCUGUACCAGGCGGCAGCAGUGAUGACAGCCAAGCGCUGCGGCUCGCGCUUGGCCUUCUGCAACGCCGUGGCCCGCGCCGGGAUGGGGCUGACCUUCCUGCUGGCCCCCUUCACCCAGCUGCUCAUCCACCUCUAUGGCUGGCAAGGUACCCUCCUGAUUUUUGGAGGCAUCAUGUUAAACCUGGUGCCUUCCAGCCUGCUGCUGAGACCUGCCAGCCCCCAGCCCCCUCCAGCCUCCUCUGCUGGCCCCCCAGACCUUGGGGCAGCAGGGCCAAAGGAGGAUCCAGGAAGCCUUGGUGGAUGCUCAGGUGAAACCCCUCUGAGGGAAGCACAGCCUCACAGUGCACAGGACCUGCCCUCCCUGGAGGGGCUGAAGAUGUCCUGUGGCAGAGAGGUCUCUGCUCCAGCUGCAAGCCUGGAGAACCCCCCCGUGGGGAGCAGCUCACCAGGCAGAGGCAGCCAGGCCAGGAGAAGCUGCAGAUGCCUUCCAGCAGCUGAAAGAGAGCAGCCAGAGCCUCUCCUCGACCUCUCCCCACUGAGGGAUCCUGUCUUUGCCAUCUUCACCUGGUCUUUCCUGUUCAGCCACCUGGCCUACUUCGUGCCCACCUUCCACCUGGUGGCACGAGCCAGGACGCUGGGCAUCAGCGGCAUGGAGGCCUCCUACCUCAUGGCAGCAGCUGGCAUCACAGAGACCCUCAGCCAGCUGCUCUCAGGCUGGAUUGCUGACCAGAACUGGACCAAGAAGUAUCACUACCACGUGGCUUACCUUGUCCUCUGUGGCAUCACCAACCUGCUGUGUCCUCUGGCCACCACCUUCCCCUUGCUCAUGGCCUAUGUGGUGGCCUUUGCUGUGUUCUGUGGGGGGUUCAUGGCUCUGGUGCUCCCUGUGCUGGUGGAUCUGGUGGGGGUGCAGAAGCUCCACAGCCACUUGGGCUUUGCUGCCUUCUUCGCCGGGCUGGCAGCCGUCGGAGGACCUCCUCUGGCAGGCUGGCUCUAUGACUACACCCAGACAUAUGCCUGCUCCUUCCUCUUUGCUGGAGCCUGUGCCCUCCUCUCACCUCUCUCUUUCUUCUUGGAGCCUUCAGCCCAGAAAUGGAAGCUCAAAAAGCAGCAAGCCAAAAGCCAAGCCUGAAGGAUGGCCCCAG